UAUUUAAAAGAUCACGACUGCAAAUUCAGGCUACUGACAUGGCGGCUUUGAAGGAACUCCGACGACUCAGAGAUGAGGAACGAACUCUGGUGAACAUAGCAUCAAAAGUUAGCGACCAGCUCAACCGACUGAAGGUGGAGGAACUUGCACUUGUGAGUAUGAUUCGACAGAAUGUGAACCAGGGACAGCCUGAUGUAGAGGAGGAACUAAACAAUAAAGACAACAGCCACGUCCCACAACAGAUUGUUCUGAAAACAGAAACAAACAUUAAUGAGGAGAAUGAUAACAAACCCCCAGAGUUACUUACCUUGGAUCUGUCUGUUCAACCCACAGGACAACAACAGUUUGGUGAGGAGGAAGAGGAGGAAGAUGAUGAUGAUGAUGAUAUAGUUGAUAAACUCCAGCAGUGACCAGCAGUCACUUUCAUGGGAAAGGAAUUCUGGAGAGGAAACACAUGAAGUAACUAUUGGUCAAUCUGUCACACCACAUCUCCAUGGUGACUGGUACAAGUUCCCAGAUGGUAAACUCUUGUGUUGAUUUCUACACGAUGACAGGACUGUAGUACAAGUUCCCAGACAGUGAAUUCCUGUGUUGAUUCCAACAUGAUUUCAGGACUGUAGUACAAGUUCUAAGACAGUGAAUUCCUUAAAGAGUUAUGUGGUGAUUCAAACAUGAUAUAUUGUUCUUCUCUUGUACCAACUAGUUAAGACAUAACACAUGUAAAGCCACAGCAGAUGGACCCUUGUCUUUGAAAGGAUACCAAGGUUUCCACUUGGCACCUGUGUGGACUCCCCGCUGUAUGGAGUUCUCCAAGGCCAUUCAGGGGCUUGAUUGGUAUAUUUGGAUCUGUAUAGGUUUGAAGGCUAGGUUUCUCUUGCCAAUAUGUCAGAGUACAAGACUGUCAGGUUGACAGCCGAGUUUAGACUCUCAGUGCUGAACUGUCCAGUUUAGAUAUUGUUAUUCGUUCACCUGGUCCUAUGGACCAAGAUGAGCUUAUGCCCUACCGUGGCAUCCUUUCUAGGUCGGUUGGUUGGGUGGUCAGUCUAUCUGUCUCUCCAACCAACCACAGAUUCAGUUUCCAGAUGUUCACUUUUGUAUUUAUUGACCGAUUUACAUGAAAUUUGGUCUAGAUGCUCAGUCCACAAAAAUAGAUCAUUAAUUACAAUAAAAUAAAAAAGAUACAAAAAGGUCAAGAUCAAAUUUUGUCUUUUCUCCGAUUGGAAUAUUUUGCCGGUCAGAAUUAGAAUUACCUUUAACCAAGGAGUCAGUUGACCAAAAAUCAAGGUCACUGGAUCAAAGGUCAAGGUCACUUGGUCCAAAGGGAAGUGUUUCAGCAUUGAACUGCUUUCAGUUGAAAGUUAUGGGCUGAUGAAUGCCAACUGGUCAAAGGCCAAUUCAACAUGAAGCGCUAGUUCAGUGCUUAUAUUUACAUUUGACAACGAUUUUAAAAGACCAUAUCCAGGAAUUUUGCUCUUACGAUGAAUGAACAAAUUAUUAUUGUCAAAGAUGGAACAGCCUUUUCAACAGCCAUCUUUCAUUAUCGCCGACGUAACAAUUAUGACGUCAAAAUAAAGGUUUGGAAGUUAUGGACUCGUAACCUUCAAGUGAGCUUGGUAAGGUUAUAUAGUGGGGCUGGAGCGUAAAUGUAAAUAUUUUGCCAUAAACACCGAAAUAUCAGCGAUACAGUCUCUCUGGGCCUCUUGCUUUUAGACGGGUCGAUUAAUAAUAAUAAAAGAAGUUUUAGUUAUAAGGCAAAGUUAUUAUCAUAAAUUUACUACAGCAGUAUUGUCUAUGGAGAAAUUUUUUUUUUAUGAAUUUAAUGAACAUUAAAAAUCUUUUGGUAGUAAAAAUAUAUCUUUUUGUGAAAAUCGAUAAUGAAACAAUAAAAUUUUUAACAUGAAAUUGUGAA